CCGUUAUAGAAACGUUUUGCAACAGAAUUGGCGUAAUGAAUACAGCCCUGAGUCCAGUCGCGACGCUUGGUCCUAAAGCCCGCGGUGAUCCACCCAUCCCUGGUCCAUCUAUUUAUUUUGCUGUCAGAUUUGGUCCAUGCUCUGUGAGUCUGGAUACUUCGACAUGUUCAAAUAGUCCUGCUUUGACUGUAUAUAUUCUCUAUUUAAAUAAAAACAUUUUUUAACGUUUUAUCGUUGAAGAAAAUAAUGUGAAAUUGCACAGUCAGUGUGUGAUUCCACUCCAGAACUGUAGAUGGUAGUAAUGCAGCAAGAGCUUUUUUAUUUAUUUUACCUUUAUUUAACUAGGCAAGUCAGUUUUUUUUAUUAUUUAUUUUUUAUUUGAGAAAAAUCAGUAUACAUACAAGAAGUAUACAAACAGACAAUGAUAACAUAUGCUAGAGGGUACAACAAAUGACAGAUUAUACAAAGACCUUAAAAGAUGCACACAUAUUGAUUGUUUUAACAGCUUUCUUAUUAAAAUAAUGUAUAAUGGUCUUAAUGUAUUGCUCGAGUUCCUUCUAGAAAACACAGAAGGGUGGUUUUCUAUUAGUGAAUUUACAUUUAUGAAUAUUCAAUUUUUCCAUUAGCACAAUUAGAUUUAUAAGGUCAAAUUGUUUUUCUUGAUCUUUAUUAUGGUUAAGGAAACCCGAGCAGCACAUUCUCCCAUAAAAAAACAAAAGUCAUCAAGAAUAUUAACAAUUAUAAAACUGUGAAUAUCUUUCCAUAAUUGUUUUACAUGUAGACAAUGCCAAAAUAAAUGUGAAACUGUUUCUGGAUGCUCAACACAAAAAGUACAGUCAAUGUUAAUGUCUUUUUUGAGUUUCUUCAGGUAAUGAUUGGCAGGGUAAUACUUAUGGAUCAUUCUGAAAGAGACCUCUUUGACCUUGUUAACAAGCAAGUAUUUGUGUGGAAAUAACCAGACUUUUUUCCAACAGAUAUUAGUGACCAAUGUAUUCCCGUAACUUGUGACAUAAGGAAUGGAUACAAUAUCCCUUUGAAAUAAAGCACGUAUAGACCUACUAGGCAAGUCAGUUAAAGAACAAAUUCAGAUUUUCAGUGACGGCUUAGAAACAGUGGGUUAACUGCCUUGUUCAGGGGCAGAACGACAGAUUUUUACCCUGUCGGCUCGGGGAUUCAAUAUUGCAACCUUACUAGUCCAACGCUCUACCGACUGAAUUACCCUGGACUGGUGGGGUAUAAUACAUGGCUAAAUAACGUCCAGUACCUGGAGGAUACACAAGCACGGCCACAGGAGAGGAAGCCGGCUUUAUGACCUUCACUGCAUGCUACAAUUUCUACCUGGCCCUGGAGAACAGCCUGUGUCAGCACUACAUGACAGAGAAGCUAUGGCGCCCUCUCCACCAGGGCUGUGUACCAGUCUACCGCGGCUCCUCGUCAGCAGCCGACUGGAUGCCCAACCACCGCUCUGUCAUCCUUAUCAAUGACUUCCCAUCACCUCAGGACCUAGCCAAGUUCCUCAAGGCGCUGGAUGAGAACGAUGAAGAGUACGUUAAGUAGUUAGUUUAAGAAGCCGAGCCACGUUACCAGCCUGUUAGAGGCUCAGGGCGUGGGGCGUGAAAGACAUGAGCAAACCCAACUACCUCAACGGCUUUGAGUGCUAUGUCUGUGACCAGGAGAAUACCAGACUGGCAGCUAAACGGGCUUAUAGGAAAGACCCAGAGAAGAGCCCGCCCCCCCAGACUAAGCUGGCCAAUAAUUCUCAUUGGGGAUGUCCUCUACCCAGCCCAGGAUUUAGAGACCGUCAGGACCGACACACC